AUGCCGCCGCUCCAGCCCCUUGGGAAGCGGUCUGGAUCCCCACCAUUGUAUUGUGCACUCUGGCCCAUGUCGGUAACAUCGGCAUGGAUCAGCCGGCGCAAGUCGAUCAAGAAGCUCCUCAUAUUCUUCAGCCACUGGCUCAGGGUUGGGGCGGACCUGGGAGUUGGAACAGAAGACUGCACCACCAGUACACAAGACAAACAGAUACACUUGUGGUGUGGUUGGAUGUAG